UAGAAGUCUCCUUUACUAGCGCGUUGUUUGUCCAUUGGCGUUAAAGGUGGUCAGAUUAUGCCACACAAGCUACCUUUUCGUGUCGUCUAUGUUUCAAGCCAAGACGAACACUUCCCUGCCACAGAACUAAAUCAUCACCAUCCAGGAACUAAAGGAUGGAUUUCUACUCGCUUUUGUUCUUACCCUCAACAGCUUAUUUUAUCUUUGGAAGCCAAAGCUAGUUUUCGCAAAAUACAGUUACUUUGCCAUCAAUAUUUAAUUGCGUCAAAGAUUGAGUUUUUCGUUGGAGAUACGCCGGACGAUGAAAUGGAACAUUUUAAAAACGCCAGGUAUACUAGACUUGGAUAUGUAGCGCUAUCAGACAAUCAGGCCACAGAGUACAAGGCAAGGGAAUUAAAGUCAGUUCAUAUUGACGCCUCCGGCUCAUAUAUUCAACUGUUUCUCUAUAAAAACCAUCCGAAUAACUUAAACUUAUACAGUCAGGUUGGGAUUGUCGCUAUAAAUCUGAUCGGCGAUUUUAUCGAUAAGAAUGGGCAGUCGGAUUCUGAUGAUUCCCCAGUAGGUCUUUUCAGGUAUGUUAUUCUGUUCUAAGUAAG